UUUGAAUCGUGGAUACUACGAUUAAUCUAGUGUCCUCGGGUUUUGAAUUUUGUGGCGCUGCCGUUUGUGAAGAAGAGCAGGGGAAGGCUGCACUGUCUUAUCUGUCUGUUUUGUAAAAUAUGUCUACCAGUAGGAAUUUCGCAUUGUCAGACUUCAUAAGACUGGAGAAAAUUGGCGAGGGUACAUACGGUGUUGUGUACAAAUGCAGGAACAAAGUUAAUUCAAAGCUUGCGGCUCUGAAAAAAAUUCGACUUGAAAAUGAUGAAGAAGGAGUACCAUCGACUGCUAUCCGUGAGAUAUCGCUGCUGAAGGAACUACAACAUCCUAAUAUCGUGAGUCUAGAGCAGGUGAUCAUGGAGAAUGGUCGGUUGUACUUAGUCUUUGAGUACUUAAAUGUGGAUUUGAAGCGCUAUUUAGAUGAUACUGGGAGGAGAGUCUUACUGGAACCCGAUGUUGUAAAAAGCUUUAUGUACCAAAUGCUUCAAGGCUUAUUGUUCUGCCACGGUAGGAGGGUAAUUCAUCGUGAUCUAAAGCCUCAAAAUAUCCUUGUUGACACUGGAAGAAAGAUUGUAAAACUUGCGGAUUUUGGCUUGGCUCGAGCCUUUGGAAUUCCUGUGCGUGUGUUGACUCAUGAGGUUGUAACAUUGUGGUAUCGAGCUCCAGAAAUCUUACUAGGAGCACAAAGGUAUUCGUGUGCAGUAGAUAUCUGGUCAAUGGGUUGCAUUUUCGCUGAAGUUGCAACAAAAGAAGCUCUGUUCCGUGGUGACUCAGAAAUAGACCAACUUUUCCGUAUUUUCCGACUACUUGGUACCCCAUCGGAGGAGGUUUGGCCAGGUGUUUCAAGUUUACCGGAAUAUCAAAAGAAGAACUUCCCAAUGUGGCGUAAUGCUAAACUACCUGCCCAAGACAAUAUUUCUAAAGCUUUCAACGAACCUGCUCUUGCUUUGCUUCAAGCCAUGUUAAUUUAUGAACCAUCACGGCGUAUUACAGCAAGAGAAGCUCUACUGCAUCCGUAUUUUUCUGACUUAGACAAAUGUCUUGUACCGGCAACUGGUGAAGAGUAUGUCGGUUUACCAUUGGAUCAGUUACCACAUGAAGUUGCUGCCAUGUUUCUCGCUGAUGCUGGUGAAGUUUAUCUUAAUUCAAAUGAUACUGAAAAUACCACCACCACCAAUAAUAAUAAUAAUCCAUGUCUACCAUUGCAGCCUAGCACUAUAGCUCAAGGUGCUGCAGCAAUCCCAAAAGCGAAAUAUUUAAUUCAUCAUCGGAAAUCUAAUGUUGAACAGGUGGAUGAUUCAGGGAAUCCACUGAGCAAUCAUCAUCAUCAUAUAGCACCAUUGGCAGAUAAUCAUGAGACUAAUAUGUCACUUGUUUGAUUUUUAAUCCCUAAUGUAAAAUUUAUUGACUGAAAGAGAAACAUAAUUUUUUUUUAAAAUUCUGGUGCUAAUUUGUUAUUUUUCUCACUUCAGUCAAUAUUGUUAGAAUGUUGAAGUGUUGUCAAUACACUUUGUAUAUGUAUGCAUGUGUGUAUGUAUGCAUGCAUGUGUAUACUGAAUCAUAUAAGCUGUUCGGUACACUUCUUGUAUGUUUCAUUCUCAGGUAUUGUUUUUCUUGGCAUUAAGACUAAUUUUCGCUUCAUCAA